UGUGUUUGGGGGAAGGGAAACCAGGCAGGUAUGGAGGCCGCAGCUCGAAAGGUAGCUACGGGGCCAGGCUGGAGACACUGGGGUGGGAUUGAGGGGCGGGGACUGAAAGAGGGUAGCUAGGAGCUUCCCAGAUCCUGGAGAAGGAAGAAGAUGGUUUGGGCCAUCAGUGAGGGAAGCGGAGACCAUCGCUGAGGAGCCAGGACGCAGGAUGAGGGGUGGACCGAGGCCCGGGCCCAGGCGAACAACUGGAAGGGCCCUAGGGCGGCAGGGGAUGGAGGUAUUUGGAUGGUGGUAUUGUAGAUUCCCAACUCAGAGUGCCCCCUCCCUUUUCCCAGCAUCCCAACCCUGCCCUCAUGACACCCCCAGCCUCAGGGCCCAAGAUGGGAUUAGGAGUCUGACUGUCUCCCCCUUCCCCAGUAGGGUGCAAUGUACGCAUGUAGACCUGGGCACAACUCCUUGUCCAGUGCGGUGCAGCCUAUUGGUGUAUGUCUGUCUGGAGGUCUGUGGGUGCUGUGGGUGUGUCGAGUGUUUAUGUCUGUGUGUGUCUGCCUGUUCCUAGGUUGUGUUUACCUAUGCUGAUCUAUGUAUCUGGUCCUCUGUGUGUAGGUGUGGGUCUAUGGCCCUGGGGUUUGUGUGUCUGAAGGUGUGUUUGUUGGGCCUGUGUGGUGGAUCAGGAUGUAUUCACAGGGUGAUAGUCUCUGUUGUUCUUAUCUCUCCAGAGUGUGUAUUUGUGGCUCUGAACACCUUUGUCAGACCGUGUGACUCUGUGUACAAAUGUCCAUCUGUGUCUGUGGGCCCUAAAAGGCUAUGUUUGGUUUUUUGUCCCUCCAUUUGUUUUCUCCCUGUGAGGACUCAAGUCAUGUCUCUCUUCCUCUUCCCCACCCCUCUCUUGUUCCUGUCCCCCAACCCACCCCACAUCUUUCUUUUUUUUUCCCUUCCCAUCCCCCCACCAAGUGGAUCCGGGACCCAGGGAGGGCCGCCCCCCGGGCCUGGUGGUGCUGAGCAGGGCCCCUCAGCCCCCACCUUCUGUCUCACGACAUGAACCUCCUCUACCGAAAAACCAAGCUGGAGUGGAGGCAGCACAAGGAGGAGGAGGCCAAGAGGAGCUCCAGUAAGGAGGUGGCGCCUGCAGGCCCAGUAGGGCCCGGGGCUGGCCCAGGGCCUGGGGUUCGAGUUCGGGACAUCGCCUCUCUGCGCCGCUCCCUCAGGAUGGGCUUCAUGACAAUGCCAGCCUCCCAGGAGCACACCCCCCAUCCCUGCCGCAGCGCGAUGGCCCCUCGCUCUCUCUCCUGCCACUCUGUGGGCAGCAUGGACAGUGUGGGGGGUGGGCCUGGGGGAGGUGGUGGGGGUCUCACCGAGGAUAGCAGCACACGAAGACCCCCAGCCAAGCCCCGGAGACACCCCAGCACCAAGCUCAGCAUGGCAGGGUCCAGCACAGAGACGCCCCCUAGCAAGAAGGCAGGCUCACAAAAGCCAGCCCCAGAGAGCCAAGAGUCUAGCCGGAAGGUUCCUCCACAGAAGCCCAGGCGAAGCCCCAACACUCAGCUCUCUGUCUCCUUUGAUGAGUCCUGUUCCCCAGCCCCCUCUCCUCGAGGGGGAAACCUGCCCCUUCAGCGCCUCAAUAGAGGGUCCAGCAUUGCUGGGGACCCUGAGGUGGGUUCCCAAGAAGAAGAGCCAGUGUACAUCGAGAUGGUGGGGGAUGUCUUCAGGGGAGGAGGGAGAAGUGGAGGGGGCCUGACUGGUCCCCCUCUUGGGGGUGGGGGCCUGACCCCUCCAGCUGGCGCUGACUCAGACUCAGAAGAGAGUGAGGCCAUAUAUGAGGAGAUGAAAUAUCCGCUGCUUGAAGAGGCAGGGGAAGGCCGAGCCAACGGGGCCCCUCCACUGACUGCCACCUCCUCGCCGCACCAGCCUCAUGCCCUCCAGCCCCACAUUCACCACCGUCCAGCCUCAGCCCUCCCAAGUCGGAGGGAUGGGACACCCACCAAGACCACACCUUGUGAAAUCCCCCCGCCCUUCCCUAACCUCCUCCAGCAUCGUCCUCCACUUCUGGCCUUCCCUCAGCCCAAGUCUGCUUCCCGAGCCCCUGGCGAUGGGGUCUCGAGGCUACCAGUGCUCUGCCACUCCAAGGAGCCAGCUGGCUCCACCCCAGCUCCCCAAGUGCCUGCCCGAGAGCGGGAGACGCCUCCCCUACCGCCUCCGCCUCCUGCUGCCAACUUGCUGCUGCUGGGACCCUCGGGCCGCGCCCGGAGCCACUCGACACCGCUGCCACCCCAGGGCUCUGGCCAGCCCCGGGGGGAGCGGGAGCUCCCCAACUCCCACAGCAUGAUCUGCCCCAAGGCGGCAGGGGCGCUGGCAGCCCCUCCUGCCCCGGCCACGUUGCUCCCCGGCCCCCCCAAGGACAAGGCCGUGUCUUACACCAUGGUGUACUCGGCAGUCAAAGUGACCACCCACUCCGUCCUGCCAGCUGGGCCUCCCUUGGGUGCUGGGGAGCCAAAGACAGAGAAGGAGAUCUCAGUCCUCCAUGGGAUGCUGUGCACCAGCUCGAGGACCCCCAUACCUGGGAAAUCCAGCCCCCACAGUGGAGGCAUGAGUGCAGCAGCUGGGGUUCUCCACCACCGAAGCUGCCUGGCCUCCCCACACAGCCUUCCGGACCCAACUUCAGGCCCCCUGACCCCCCUCUGGACCUACCCAGCUUCAGCAGCUGGGCUCAAGAGACCCCCUGCCUAUGAAAGCCUCAAGGCUGGGGGGGUGCUGAAUAAGGGCUGUGGAAUGGGGGCCCCAUCCCCCAUGGUCAAGAUCCAGCUGCAGGAGCAAGGGACUGAUGGAGGUGCCUUUGCCAGUAUCUCCUGUGCCCACGUCAUCGCCAGUGCAGGGACACCAGAAGAGGAAGAAGAGAUGGGUGCCGCAACAUUUGGGGCAGGCUGGGCUCUGCAGCGGAAGGUCCUAUAUGGAGGAAGGAAGGCAAAAGAGCUGGACACAGAGACUGAAGACAAUGCCAGGUCCUGGAAUGGCAGUGCCGAGGGCCCAGCCAAGGUGGAGCGUGAGGACCGGGGUCCUAUGGCAUCAGGGAUCCCAGUGAGGAGCCAGGGGGCAGAGGGCCUGCUGGCCAGGAUCCACCAUGGAGGGGACCGAGCAGGGAUCCGCACAGCGCUGCCCACACCCUGCCAGACCUUUCCGGCCUGCCACCGAAAUGGAGACUUCACAGGAGGCUACCGCCUGGGUCGCUCUGCCUCCACCUCCGGAGUCCGGCAGGCCGUGCUCCACACUCCCCGGCCCUGCAGCCAGCCCCGGGAUGUCCCGAGCCAGACCCACCCUGCACUGCCGCUGCCCCUGCAGCCCCAGCCGUCCCGAGAGAGAGAGCGUGACGGCAAGCUGCUGGAAGUGAUCGAGCGCAAGCGCUGCGUGUGCAAAGAGAUCAAGGCUCGACACCGCCCUGACCGGGGCCUCUGCAAGCAGGAGAGCAUGCCGAUACUCCCCAGCUGGAGGCGGGGGCCGGAGCCCCGCAAGUCUGGCACUCCGCCCUGCCGCAGGCAGCACACCGUCCUCUGGGACACUGCCAUCUGAGGAAGGCGGGAGGCCAGGGCACUGGGACCUGGGAGCGGGGCGGGGUCUCUGAGAGACUUGCCUUGAAAGAGGGACACUUGAAGAACCAGGUGAGAGAGAGAGCCAGGGAGAAUCCCUGCCCUCCAUCAAAGAUGGGGAGUCUGCCAGGCCCACUGGGCUUGGGAUGCCAGCAGCAUCCCCAGAAAUCUGGGGGAGACAGAGGGUUUGCUUGAGGUUGGGAGUAAGGCCCUUGCUGCUCCCCUCCUCCUGAGAGGGCAAAGGCCAAGCCAGAGGUCAGCAUGGGGGAGGAGGGAUGGGGAACAGGUCAAUUGAAAGAGAGGGACUAGAGAGUGAGAGAUGAAGGAGCUCUUAUAGAGUCGGGUACUGGGGAGGGCGUAUUUAUUUUGUUAUUUAUUUUAGUUUAGAGGGCAAUUCUGAGCCCUCUGACCUACUCCUGAGCAAAGGGUGGGGAGAAGUUAGCAAUUAAGGGACCCACAGUUGUACUCUCCCCAAUGCCUAAAGGCCCCACCAUCCAUGCCUGCCCCAAAGCAAGGGAUUGGUCUGGAGGGCAGCAGAUUCAUUCACAGUAUUUACAAGUCAGAAUCUGGUAGUGAGCGUGGCCUGCUGUGAAACAGGCAUCUUAUUUAGCUCUGGAGUGAGGAUAUGGCACCAGGGACGGGUGGGAUGAUGGGGAA